ACGUAGUAUGUAUAAUGGUUGAUAUUCGCUUCUUUCGUAUUGAGCGAAUGGUUCAGAAACAGUUGAAUAUUCUACAAGCACUUACGAUAUUUAAAUCUCGUAUUUUGCAGUGUUUAUAACUAACAAUAACUAUUAUGAGGAAACCAAGUGUGUUAUACAUUUAUAUAUGUUUAAUUUUCUUAGUGUAUACGUUUGUCAGCUCGAGAAUAUUACCAGUAGAAACAGCAAGAAUAUUGGCCGUAGAAUCAAUAGCUGGUAAAUCAUUCAGUCAUUGGAAUUACGUAAGUGCUAUACUCCGUGUUUUGUCAAAUAAUGGCCAUCAUGUUACUGUGUUUACACCAUUUCCCGAAGGCGACCGAGACAACUAUACGGAAGUGGAUACGUCUAUUGAACAUGAAACAGUAUUUGCAGCAAUGGAUUUAAUCGAUGCAUUGGAUUUAUGGUCACAUCCGAUGUCGUUGAUCAAAUUCAUUAAAACCAAACGUACAUGUAUAUGUGAUCAAGUGUAUAAAAAUGAUCAGUUAAAUAAAAUAAUUAAAGAUAAUGAAACUUCCAAUUUCGAUGUACUCAUGAUUGAAAAUGUUGGAUAUGAUUGUGAUUUGUAUUUGGCUAAUAAGUUGAACUUGCCUUUGAUUUAUUUGAUUUCAUCUCCAAUGGUAACAUUCGCAGAACGUUCUAUUUUCGGUGACAUCCCAAAUCCAGCGAUAAUUUCACAUUUAUAUGCUGAUCACGCCAUUCCUAUGACAUUUGUACAAAGAUUUUUAAACACUGCAUUAUUGGGGUAUAGUAUGAUCCUUUUUGGCUAUGACAAAUGGGUAAGACAGUAUACAGCCAAUAGACCAUACGAUUUGGAAACAAGUACUGUGCGACCGUCACUGACUUUUGUAAAUAGUCAUUUCAUAAGUGAGGCUUCGAGACCAUUCCCACAAAACUUCAUACAAGUCGGCGGCAUACAUUUGAAACCUCCAAAGAGUAUACCAAAUGACAUAUUAGAAUUUAUUGAAAAUUCUCCACAUGGUGUAAUUGUGUUCACAUUAGGGUCAGUUGUUAAUAUGUCUACAUCUCCUGACUAUAUAAUGAAUCCACUGAAGGAAGCAUUAGCCGAAGUUCCCCAACGAAUAUUAUGGAAAUAUGAAGCAGAAAACAUGGUGAAUAAACCAAAAAAUGUAAUGAUAAGAAAAUGGUUACCUCAACGGGAUAUUCUAUUGCACCCUAAUGUAAAAUUAUUCAUCAGUCAUGGAGGUAUGUCAGGAGUAUAUGAAACAGUGGAUGCUGGCGUUCCAGUUCUCGGGUUUCCAUUAUUUUACGAUCAGCCAAGGAAUAUAGCUAACUUGGUUAACGCUGGAAUGGCCAUUUCCAUGGAUAUUUUAUCUGUGAAAAAGGAUACAUUUUUGAGAAAUGUAUUGGAACUAGUUAAUGAUAAAAAGUAUAUGCGAAACGCUAAAAUCGCUUCGGAUAUAUUCAAAAACCGACCAAUGUCAGCGGAACAGUCAAUACUCUUCUGGACUGAAUAUGUAAUUCGUCAUAAAGGUGCCCCGCAUUUGCUACCUCACUCACUUAAUCUAACUUGGUAUCAAUACCUUUUAUUAGAUGUGAUCGCUGCGAUGAUAGUAUUUUUAACAAUACUUAACUAUGACGAGGAAACUAAAUACGUUGUACGUAUAUUUAUUUUCAAUUCUCCUACUGCAUACUUUCGUUGGCUCGAGGAUAUUACCAGUAGAAUCCGCAAGAAUAUUGGCCGUAGAAACAAUUGCUGGAAGAAGUCAUUGGAAUUAUGUGACCGAGACAACUAUACAGAGAUAGAUACAUCAAAUGAUCAUGCAACAUUGGUUGAAUUAAAUUUAGUUGAUGCAGUGGAUUUAUGGGGACCUCCGAUGGCAAUGAUUGAAUUCAUUAGAACUAAACGUAUAUUUAUGUGUGACGCAGUGUAUAAAAGCGUUCAGUUAAAUAAAUUAAUAGAAGAAAAAGAACAUUUAAAUUUUGACGUACUGAUCAUUGAAACGCUGGGUUACGAUUGUGAAUUGUAUUUGGCUAGUAAGUUAAAUUUACCUUUAAUUUAUUUGGUUUCAUCGCCAAUGGUAACAUUUCAAGAACGAUUUAUUUCCGGUGACAUCCCAAAUCCGGCAACAAUUUCCCAUUUAUAUACUUAUCACUCCAUUCCAAAGACAUUUGUACAAAGGUUUUUAAACACUUUAUUAUUGGGGUAUAGUAUGAUGUUUUUGAGUGUUGACAAAUGGAUAAGAAAGUAUACGACCAAUAGACCGUAUAAUUGGGUAACGACUACUGUUCAACCGUCACUGACUUUUCUAAAUAGUCAUUUCAUUAGUGAGGCUUCGAGACCUUUUCCUCAAAACAUCAUACAAGUCGGAGGCAUACAUUUGAAACCUCCAAAGAGUAUACCAAAUGAUAUAUUAGAAUUCAUUGACAAUUCUCAGGAUGGGGUAAUUUUGUUCACAUUAGGUUCAGUUGUUAAUAUGUCAACAUCGCCUGAUUAUAUAAUAAAUGCACUGAAGGAAGCAUUAGCCCAAGUUCCUCAGAGAAUAUUAUGGAAAUAUGAAGGAGACAUGGUGAAUAAACCAAAAAAUGUAAUGACUAGAAAAUGGUUACCUCAACGGGAAAUUCUAUUGCACCCUAAUGUAAAAUUAUUCAUCAGUCAUGGAGGUAUGUCAGGAGUAUAUGAAACAGUGGAUGCUGGUGUUCCAGUUCUCGGAUUUCCAUUAUUUUACGAUCAGCCAAGGAAUAUAGCUAACUUGGUUGACGCUGGAAUGGCCAUUUCCGUGGAUAUUUUAUCUGUGAAAAAGGAUACUUUUUUGAGAAAUGUAUUAGAACUAGUAAAUGAUGAAAAGUAUAUGCGAAACGCUAAAAUCGCUUCGGAUAUAUUCAAAAACCGACCAAUGUCACCGGAACAGUCAAUACUCUACUGGACCGAAUAUGUAAUUCGUCAUAAAGGUGCUCCGCAUUUGACACCUCACUCAUUUAAUCUAACUUGGUACCAAUACCUUUUAUUGGAUGUGAUCGCUGCGAUGAUAGUAUUUAUAUGUAUUAGUGUAAUUAUAACGUAUGUAAUGAUAAAAAUGUUUCAUAAACAUAUUUGGAAAAAUGUGUUAUACAUUAAAACAAAAUCUGAAUAAAUUAGUUGUAAAUAUAUAAUAAAGAUUUGAUUUUAAGUAUUUAUAGUUUUACAGUUACAAUAAUUCAUAUUCUAUAAAAUACAAAUAUUAUAUAUUUUUGUUUAACAA